AUGGAGACUUUUAAACCUAAAGUAAAGACUUACGAGGAUGAAGACCUAGUGUUGGGGUCUGUCAUCGAUUUCAAAACAUGGAAUAAUCUGAGGACUACUUACAUUGAGACAGACAUUCCAUGUCUUGAAGGUUACAACGUCAGACGUGACGUUGAUGAAAUUGAGGAUGAAGAGGGCCCUGAGGCCCCAAAGAAGAAAACCACGAAGGACUCCCCUUCAAAAUCAACAACCACUUCUUCCUACACCCAGGCAAGAAGAACUGUUCCCCUUCCCACAAAGGUAAAGAAGGAAGCCCCUGUUGCUACUGAGAGCAAACAUGACAAAAAGAAAUCUCCUGCCAAAGCUCCCCCUAGAAAGGGGGAACGUUCCAGUCAGAGGCUGAAGAGAACCUUCAGCAGCACCAAAAGGCCAGAGGGAGCAUCCUCUGAGAAGCCCAUCACUCUCUCUGACAAGGAGGAAGAUAGUGAAGACAAUGAGCCUAUUGCAAAAAGGCUGAAAAUAGGAGGAACGUCAAAACCUACACCAGCUGCUAAGGAGACGUUCCCAAGUAGCUCUGCUACUUCUGAUUCCUCUGACGUUCCGUCCCCUCCACCAUCACCUGCUCAUUCUUCACCACCACCAAGAACACAACAACCUUCUCCUAGGAAACAACAAGGAGAGGAAAUUAAGGAAACAGAUGCAGCCCCUGCUGCAGAAGAACAGGUGGUUGAGUAA